UUCCUCUCCAUUCUCUCAGGAUCUCAUUCACCAUUCUUCCUGCGAUUUUGGGCUAGUGCUAUCGCUUCCGCUCUCCUUCUUUAUAUUUUGAAUUUAAUUUCUUUAAUUUCUUUAAUGUUUUUGUAUUCAAGUUCUUUAAUGAUUUUGAAUUUGAAUUUAUGUUGCUUGAGUUAGUGUACUUGAUUCAUACAUGGAAUUUCAAACCAUACAAGUAAACCUAGAAACCUUAUGGUGUUGACUAUGGGAAAGAAAGUAUUAGCAGUGGUAUAGGUAUUAUGUUCCUUGGGAGUGAUGUAUUAUUUAUACUAAAAUCGUUAUUUUUUUUUUCACCACAUUAAAUGAUUUAGUAAGAGUAAUAUGGUAUUUUUUAAUACUUUUUUUUUUCUUUUAAACUCAGAAAAGUCAGAUUUCUGCCUCCUCCAUUGGAAUGUUUUGGUGGGAAAUUUGACUAAAAGUCAUUCUCAGGAAAUAUGGUUUAUUCAACAUCUCUUUUUUCGAAUUCUUGUUUUGUUCUCAUUUCACCAAAGAACCCCUGCACUUAUUUCAAUUUGAAAUUUGUAUAUAGGUCAAUCUGUAACCAUUGGGGCAAUCUUCCUACGUUAUGCAAAUCUCUGCUACUGCUACUGAUAUUUUAUCCCUGGUUUCAUUUGAAAAAGUUAUUCGAAUUUGAUGUUGGUGACAUCGAUCUAACUAGUCAGUGCUUGCUUGAGUCAAAAGACUUUCUUACCCUAUUCAAUUAAAAGAGAUUUUCACAACUCAUUCCUUUUAGAUUCUUAUGGCUAAUUCUUUACUCCUUAUGUGCGAUAUUGCAUUGUUCACUCUCAUGCGUUCAUACUUUAUGAACUUUAUUUUUUAAGUUUGUGUUGCAGUGUCCAGUAACAAAGUCUUUGCUUUCUAAAAGAGGUGAAUCAGGGUAAUGGCUAAAUUUGUUGCUCCUGGAAACUUGAUGAUCAAAGAUGAAAACUUGGGAAUUCAUUCCAAAAAGAUUGUCAACUCGAAGAAUUCUAAGACAGGUGGAAAGAAAGGUGGUUCAGGGAUUGCAAGCCGAAAAGCUUUAAAUGAUAUAACAAACAAAGCAUCAUUUCACCCUGAAACCUCAAUUAAGAAAAAUAAUUUACAUAAGGAAGAUAUUAAUGUAAAGGAGGAAAUGUUUUUGCAUGAUCACAAGAAAUGCAUUGAGGCUCAAAAAGCUGCAAUGAGAAAUUUCGAUCUGGAGACAGUUCUUCCAAAAGAUGAUUCCAUGUUUAUUCUAGAGCAGAUAAAGGUUCCUGAAUCCCCUCGAUGCUACCCGGAACCAGUAGAAUUGCCAAUGUCUGAUUUUUCUGAUUGGUUGGACUAUUCGAUGCAGUGGAGCUCUCCUCCAUCAUCUCCAUUAGCAUGGGACUCUCCACCAUCACCCCUUGCAUGGCAAAACAAAGCAUUUGAAUUUGUUCUGAAGGAAGAAAUUGAUGCCUGCGUGUAACCUAAUAUCUCUUCAUGUAAUACAACAAAUGGAACCCCACCGUUUAAACCUCAUAUUUUUUAAUUCUCUCCUCAACCUUGGAGAAAAAUCAGUUUAAGAAGUUUUGUUCGACAAGUGAGGAAAAAAACAAAGAUCAAGCCAAUUCUUAGUUA